CCUUUGUUCCGCCAAGGGUUAACCCGGAUUGUGUCUGUCACCCAGUUGCCCGGAUGCUGAUGUAAGGAGAGAGCUCAAGAGAUCCCUUCAGAUUGCAGUGAGAGGAGGCGAAGGACCAGACCGGAGGAGGCUCUCCAUCAGCAUCCUGCAUCCCCGGCAGUAUCGGCAUCAACAUCAGCAUCCUUGGUUCUGGGCGGCUGGACCAGCUGGAGGAUGCUGGUACCCGGACUGUAGCAUCCUUCAUCCCUCUCCCUCCUCCCUUCCCCUCCCUGAUGCAUCCCCCUCCCCCUAAACCGUUCAGGAUGCCGGCCCCGGUAUUGUCCCUAUAGGGCGAUAUCGGGGGGGCCUCGCCUCGCCUCUCCCCACCCCAAAUCCCCCCGUCUCUUAUUGUUGCUCGGAAGGUGACAGACAAAAGCCAUGUCCGGCGGCAAGGAAGCAGGUGGGGUCCACCCCUACCAGCCACAACAGACCCAACAGCAUGCUCAGUACGUGGGGCCCUACCGGCUGGAGAAAACACUGGGGAAGGGGCAGACCGGUUUGGUGAAGCUCGGUGUCCACUGCAUCACAGGGCAGAAAGUCGCCAUUAAGAUUGUGAACCGGGAAAAGCUUUCCGAGUCAGUCCUAAUGAAGGUGGAACGGGAAAUUGCCAUUUUGAAGCUCAUUGAACAUCCCCACGUCCUCAAACUCCACGAUGUCUACGAAAACAAAAAAUAUUUAUACCUGGUUUUGGAACACGUCUCGGGAGGGGAACUUUUUGACUACCUGGUGAAGAAGGGGCGCCUGACACCCAAGGAAGCCAGGAAAUUUUUUCGGCAAAUCGUCUCAGCCUUGGAUUUCUGCCACAGCUAUUCUAUAUGCCAUCGAGACUUGAAGCCAGAGAACUUAUUGCUGGAUGAGAAGAACAACAUCCGGAUUGCGGAUUUCGGCAUGGCCUCCCUGCAGGUCGGAGAUAGCCUGCUGGAAACGAGUUGUGGUUCUCCUCACUAUGCAUGUCCCGAGGUGAUCAAGGGAGAGAAGUAUGAUGGGCGCCGCGCUGAUAUGUGGAGUUGUGGAGUCAUCCUCUUCGCCCUGCUGGUGGGGGCCCUACCCUUUGAUGACGACAACCUACGGCAGCUGUUGGAAAAGGUGAAGCGAGGGAUCUUCCACAUGCCCCAUUUCAUCCCGCCCGAUUGCCAGAACCUCCUUCGGGGCAUGAUUGAGGUGGAGCCAGAGAAGCGUCUUAGUCUAGAGCAGAUUCAGAAGCACCCGUGGUUCUUGGGAGGUAAGAACGAACCCGAGCCUGAGCAGCCCAUUCCUCGAAAGGUGGCAAUCCGGCGGAUCCAAUCGGUCAGCGAGUUGGACCCCGACGUGCUGGAGAGCAUGCAUUCCUUGGGCUGCUUCCGCGACAAGAACAAACUGAAGCAGGAGCUGCAGAACGAAGGGGAGAACCAGGAAAAAAUGAUUUACUAUCUGCUCUUGGACCGCAAGGAGAGAUACCCCAGCUGUGAGGAUGAGGAUCUGCCUCCACGCAAUGAUGUUGACCCCCCUCGGAAGCGAGUGGACUCACCCAUGCUGAACAGACAUGGGAAGCACCGGCCGGAACGGAAGUCCAUGGAAGUUCUGAGUGUCACGGAUGGCGGUUCUCCUGUCCCAGCCCGACGGGCCAUAGAGAUGGCGCAGCAUAGCCAGAGGUCUCGAUCUGUGAGCGGUGCCUCUACCGGUUUAUCCUCCAGCCCCCUCAGUAGCCCCAGGAGCCCCAUCUUCAGCUUUUCUCUCCCAUCGCCUCCCCCUGCCCCGGCGAAGACUCAGACGCUCCCAGCUAAGGGCAGCCCGGCAGGGGAACGGGCCCUGCAGAGCCGAUGCUCCGCUCCUUUCCCUCUGCCCCCCAGCUCUCCGCCCCCUCACCCGCCCUCCUCUCCCCGUUGCUUUUUCCCUUCUACUAAACCCCCACCCAAAUCUGUGCUGCAGGUCACCCCCCACCCCUCCCCUCGGGGAAGCCCCCUCCCCACUCCGCUCGGCACCCCCGUACACACGCCCAAAGAGAGCCCCACCGGCACUCCUGGUGGGACGCCGCCGAGCAGCCCUGGCGUGGCCGGCGUGGCAUGGAAAACCCGCCUGAACUCCAUCAAGAACAGCUUCCUCGGGUCGCCACGCUUCCACCGCCGGAAACUGCAAGUUCCCACACCAGAGGAAAUGUCCAGUCUUACUCCAGAGUCGUCCCCUGAGCUAGCCAAGAAAUCCUGGUUUGGGAAUUUUAUCAACCUAGACAAAGAGGAGCAAAUUUUCGUGGUCAUCAGAGACAAACCCCUGAGCUCCAUCAAAGCGGAUAUUGUUCAUGCUUUUCUCUCGAUUCCCAGCCUGAGUCACAGUGUCGUGUCUCAAACAAGCUUCCGGGCCGAAUACAAGUCAUCGGGCGGCCCCUCGGUCUUCCAGAAACCCGUCAAGUUCCAAGUGGACAUCAGCUACUCUGAGGGUGGGGAGGCGCACAAAGACAGCGGGAUCUACUCGGUCACCUUCACCCUCAUCUCAGGUCCCAGCCGCCGGUUUAAGCGAGUGGUGGAAACAAUUCAGGCGCAAUUGCUGAGCACACACGACCAGCCUUCCGUGCAAGCCCUCGCAGGUGGGUGUUCGGGAUCCGUACUCGGACUGGGUACCAACAGUUUGCUAGAUGAGAAGAACGGGCAACUGUCCCGCUUACCAGGUACCCUGACCCGCGGCUGCCAAACAUCUCGGCGCUCCGAAUCCGACGUCUCCUCCGAGCACCAUCGACGUGGUUCUAAGGACAAGAAGCUGAUCUCAUCCAAUGGGACUCAAGUCCAGCAACCGCCACCCCCGUCCCCUCAGCAACCAUGACGCCUGGCGCGGCGCAGGGGCAGCCGGGAGUCCGAGCAGCUAGAAGGGCAAACUCCGUACCCCUGGGAAUUGCUAGAGCCGCCCCAGCAGGGCUAAUGGAGCCAACGAACUAGAGGCAUGGAUGGGUCAAGGCCCCACCAAAGACGCAAAGGGGAAGGGGGGUUGGUUUAAGUUUAAGAAGCUCGACUCACUCCUGGGCGGAAAAGUCGCCAUCUUGGGAGUGGCCCAUACUGUGAACUUGUAAAUAAUUAAGGGAAAAAAACAGAAAAAAAGAACACCACAAAUCCAGAAAAAGAACAGAAUGGGAGGUGGGGAGAACGCGUUUGCAAAAAGAUGGCGGACAGAAACGAAACAAAACUGGAGGAGGAGAAGGAGAGAAGCCGGGCAGGAGCCGGUAGGGGUUGGGAGGUUUAUUCUGAUUCCUUUGGUUUGGGGAGGGGGAGAGGGCGAGGGGGGGUGUCUUUAUUUACUUCAGUUCUUUUCAUAGACUCCCUCCUGAUUUCGGUUUGGUUAAAUCGGGAGACAUCUUCUUUCUCCUGCUGUUCCUUCUGUGGCCUGAAGGAGGCUGACCUACUCACGGCAUCUUGGCAGAAUUCACUAAAAUCACGAGACAGAGCUAAUAGGAAGUUUUGAGCGAGAAACUCAAAGGGUUCUAGUCCCCAGCCCGGCCCUUUCCAGCUUUUCUUCUUGUAAUUUUCCUGCUUCCAGAAAUUAGUGGUGAUUUUUUUUUUACAAAAACAAGCAUUAUUGCUGACCAAGAUGGACUCUACGAUAUUAUCAGGAUUCUAAUAGAAACAUCUUCCCAAAAGCCAAAAUGUGAAACAAACCCACCUAAAGUCAAUAUUUUUUUAAAAAACCAUCCAAAUUUCAAAUGUGGAGCUAAAAUGGACACAUAAACACACUCUUCUGAUUAUGUUAAACCAUUGAUCCAAAGCCAACACUUUUCAAAUUUAAUAAAAUGAGAAGCAUAGAAAAAUUGCAGUUAAAGCCACAAAUUACCUAAAUAUUCUGACACUAAAAAUCAUCCAGUGUUUAAAAUGUACAUUUCUGAAGUUUGGAAAACAGGGGCGGGGGGAGCGUGCAUGUACAUUUAGGGAGAGAACAGUCAAUCUGAAAAACGACUGGUCUUUGAGUCUGCAAAAUCUCUACAGCACAAUGUGGUUAUAGUUUCCUUUUAAAAAAAUAUGGAUUCUGGAUUCUAACUCGGUGUGGAUGCUCUGUUUUGAUGAAGUCCAAUUCUUAUAGUGUCACACUUGUAUAAUCUAUCAGCUCUCAUGGCCUGCAUCUACUUUUGUACUGCUCAGAUAUUUCUUUUCCACAAUCAGCUGCAUGCGGAAUUGAAACACGUCCCACACCACACUUCAUAUUGCACUAUAUUCCUCAUGGAAACACACCAACGGCUAUUCUCAUGACUGAGAUCCUAACUAGAUGUUUACUUGGCAUUAAGUUCCAUUCUGCAAUGGUUCUGCGGCUCCCUGCAAAUUUACUUUUCUUCCUUUGUUUGCAGCCGUUAUCAGUGACUUCCUCUGGCUGCAACAUUCCCGAAUAAAUGGUCCAUGGUCUUGUCCUGGGAGGGGCAGUGCCAGUUUAAGUACUGUCUUUUAACUCAAUGCGGUCCAAAUGGAUACUUAAAAUUUUUAUGAUCACAAUUUUGUAAUAGUGCUGUAAAGAUGAUAAAAAGGAAUAGCUUUGACUGCAAAGUGAAAAGCAGUACUUGAUCCUCCCGCCCCCCCCGGUCCCCGCCCCAAUCUGCAGGCAGAAGGAAAGGAAGAAAAAUGAAAGACCAAACCUUAAUCAUGCUUUAUAGCUAUACUAGGCAGCCUGGAGCUGCAAUUGCAUUUUAUGCGUUUUGUUUUGUUUUUAAUUGCCACAAAAUCAGGUCUGAGAAAAGGCAGGAGGAAAACAGGGAAGACACUGGAAUGUAGCAAGUUGCCAAUGGCAUUGUGGGGAGGGGUUUUUUGGUUUUUGUUUAAAAUGUAGUCAACAACUGAUGGCAAUUUCCAAACGAAGUGGUUUGUGCGGAAGCAGUCCUACAGCGGAGAUGAAGACGGUCACUGCAAAGUCUUAAAUGCUUCAUAUGCAAGUGUGGUGGUACAGAAAGGGAAACUGAGAACAGGUACCUUAUGUGUGUUGGGGAGGGAGGGCGGAAUUCUUAAACAAUUAGCAACCUUGUACCCAUCAGAUGUUUGCUUAUUAAAAUUACAUCUCACUCCA